GGCCGGCACCCGGGUCCUGAGUGACUGCCCUGCAUCCCCGCUUUUCCUCCCUCGAGACUGCCCGCCGGGAGGAGCUGCCCGAGGAGGGUGGAGGGCGCGGGGUCAAGCUCAAGGUCAGAGGCCCCCUUGGGUUAGGAGCCCAGGUCUGGGUUAAGGAGCUUUGGUCGCAGGAGGGACCCCAUAGCUGACUUCAAAGCCGAACAUGCUGUACGGAAAAAGCGGCGUUGUUUUUGGAACCACGGGCCGGUGUAUUGGUUUCCCGAUUUAAUGUGUGAACUCCCUGGGGGCAGACAGCCGUCUUUCUCAUCCGCCCAAGGGAGGGCAACAAUACAUGCUUGUAGAACGAAUAAAUGACUAGGUCUACAAGGUGGCGGCCAGCAUGGCCGAGGAGCCCCGGGGGUCCUGGUUCGGCUUCGGUUUCUGCGGCUUCGGGCAGGCGCUGGGCUCGGGGCGCGGGCGCCAGGUGCACAGCCCCGAGCCGCUGCGGACACCGGGCGCGGGCGCCGACGUCCGCCGCGUGAGCGCCAGCUGGAGCUACACCGCCGUCGUGACCCGUGGAGGCCAGGUGCAGCUGUCGGGCGCGGCGGACGGCGCGGCGGGCGGCUGCAGGGACGCGUGGGCCUCGGAGGCGCUCCUCGUGGUGCUGCGCGCCGGGCGGGGGCUCGGGCCCGGGCCGGAGCUGCAGGCCUGGGCGCCGGGUUCCGCGCUGCGCGGGGAGCCCCUGUGGACCCACACGCUGGUGCCGGAGGCCGAGGGGGCAGACGGCGCGGGCGGUGAGGCCCAGGCCGGGGCGCUGCCCCUGCUGCCCGGCGCGCGCGCCUACGUGAGUCCGCGGCCGCCCUUCUACCGGCCUCUGGCCCCGGAGCUGCGGGCGCGCCGGCUGGAGCUGGGCGCCGAGCAUGCGUUGCUGCUGGACGAGGCGGGCCAGGUGUUCUCCUGGGGCCAGGGCAGGCACGGACAGCUGGGCCACGGGACUCUGGAGGCCCAGCCGGAGCCGAGGCUGCUGGAGGCGCUGCAGGGCCUUCCCAUGGCUGAGGUGGCCGCCGGCGGCUGGCACUCCGUGUGUGUGAGUGAGACUGGGGAUAUUUAUAUCUGGGGCUGGAAUGAGUCCGGGCAGCUGGCCCUGCCCACCAGGAGCCUGUCAGAGGAUGGAAAGACAGUUGCAAGGGAAGGUGAAGCCAGUGGACUGAAUGAAGGUGGCCCCGAAGUGAGGAGAACAGCCGGGGGUGAGGAGGGAGCCCCGGCCCCCUUCAUUGCCCUCCAGCCCUUCCCAGCUUUACUGGAUCUCCCCGGGGGCGCAGAUGCAGUCAAGGCCAGCUGUGGCUCCCGGCACACAGCGGUGGUGACAAGAACUGGGGAGCUGUACACCUGGGGCUGGGGUAAAUAUGGACAGCUUGGCCACAAGGGCACAACCAGCUUGGAUCGGCCCCGCCGUGUGGAAUAUUUUGUAGAUAAGCAGCUCCAAGUAAGGGCGGUGAGCUGUGGGCUCUGGAACACAUACGUGUGCGCUGUGGAGAGAGGGGAGAGCUGACGGCCACGGGUAAGGGCGUGAAAUGAACGUAUAGUCAAUGAUCCACUCACACCAGUGAGACUCACCCCAGCCGAGGAAACCGUUGCCAGCAGCCCAGAGGCCCCGCGUCCGCCCCGCCCCGGCCCUGUGCCCUCACCGGAGAGCCGCGUCGUCAACUUCGUCCUCGUGUUGGUGACACCUAAGGAGCUUUGGAAGGGCAUGCCCGAGGCCAGCGCUGCAGGAAAAGUGAGAGCCGAGCCUCUGGGCGCGGAGCCUGGAGGGGGUAGAUUUUAGAGCUCCCCCAGCCAACCCAAGGUGAUCUGAGGUCGUGCCAAGAUUGGGGACCAGCAGGGGUCAUCCUGGGCAUCUUCUGUUACCUAUUUUCGCUUAGCGUUGUAUCACCCUUGUGCGCAUCCUUGUUCAGUAGAGUUUGGUGUGUUUGCUUUGAACUUUAUGUAAAUGAAAUCAUUUUGGGUGUGUUCCUUUGUGUCUUAUUAUUCUUCUGCCUUGCGCCCUGCAGUUCGUUCAUUUUUAGUGUUAACGGUAUUCCAUUGUGUGAAUACACCUCUUUAUAUAUUCUUUUGUUGGUCAUUUGUUCUUUUAUUGAGUUAAAAUACACAUAAAAGUAUAUUAGCCAUUUUUAAGUGUGUAUUUCAGUAGUAGUAAAUAAAUUCACAUUGUUGUGCAGCCAACACCAUCAACCCGCCCCCCAUAAUUCUCUUCAUCUUGUAAAACUUUUUACCUGUUGGGGCGCCUGGGUGGCUCAGUCGGUUAAGCAUCUGCCUUCGGCUCAGGUCAUGAUCCCAGGGUCCUGGGAUUGAGUCCCAUGUCAGUCUCC